UUCCUUCCAGACCGAGUUGGCCGGAAGCAGGAAGUCUCAGAGCUGAGAUCCGUUUGUUCCACCCACCUCAGAUCUCUUACCUUUUUUCCCUUCCAGCUACGAUCCCCUUGUCAUCUGGAAGCCAGCCCAGUGCUUGCAGCUCCCAGGGACCCCAAGCCCAGGCGCCACCAGAGUGUCCCAGGUGUCCUCUCUGGCUCCUGGUUUGACCUUGGAACAUGGACUCCCUGCUUUUCCAGGAUAAGCUGCCCCCCUGGAGCACUUUUGUCAAUCCAGUAUCCCCGACUUCCCAGCCAUGACUUAUAUGCAUCCCUCUUCCUUCCCAGGGAGCCUGGAGCCAGAGGGAAUGUGUCCUGGAAGCUUCAGACCUCUUCCUCAGGAGUUGGUGACAUUCAGGGAUGUGGCUGUGGACUUUACCCAGGAGGAAUGGAGCCUUUUGGACGAUCCGCAGAAGAAGCUGUACAAGGAGGUCAUGUUGGAGAAUGCCUGGAACCUGCUCUCCCUAAAAAGAGAAAUCAGACUUGAAAUGAAGGAAAGUACUCCAGAGCUAAGUCUUUCUGUAGAAACUUACAAGCUAAGAUUCAUCAGUGAUGGUCCUGGUCACAUCUCUUGGAAAGAUAUUUGUGAUACACUUGAGAAAAUCCACAGUGCAGAGAAAUUUUGUGAAUAUAAUCAAAGUGGGAAAGUUUUCACAGAAAAGUGGGCUCUUCCUGGACAUGAGAGAAUCCACAUUACAGAAAAACCUAUUAAAUGUAACCAAUAUGGAAAGUCUUUCAAAUGUAAAAAUAGUUUUCCUCUUUAUCAUAAAAUCCAUACAACAGAGAAACCUUAUGAAUGUAACCAAUGUGGAAAGGCUUUUAGGCGUAAAGGAUAUCUUACUGUACAUCAGAGAAUCCACACUGGAGAGAAACCUUAUGAAUGUAACCAAUGUGGAAAGGCUUUUACACAAAGUGGAGCUCUUAAUAGACAUCAAAUAAUUCAUACAACAGAGAAACCUUAUAAAUGUAACCAAUGUGGAAAGAUUUUUAGUCGUAAAGAAUAUCUUACUGUACAUCAGAGAAUCCACACUGGAGAGAAACCUUAUAAAUGUAACCAAUGUGGAAAGGCUUUUAAACAUAAGGUAUCUCUUACUGCACAUCAGAGAAUCCACACUGGAGAGAAACCUUAUAAAUGUAACCAAUGUGGCAAAGCUUUUAUAUAUAAGGUCUCUCUUACUGAACAUCAGAGAAACCACACUGGAGAGGAACCUUAUAAAUGCAACCAAUGUGGAAAGGCUUUUAGAGACAAGGGAGCGCUUACUGUACAUCAGAGAAUCCACUCUGGAGAGGAACCUUAUAAAUGCAACCAAUGUGGAAAGGCUUUUACAGAAAGUGAAGCUCUUAAUAGACAUCAGAGAAUUCACACUGGAGAGAAACCUUAUGAAUGUAACCAAUGUGGAAAGACUUUCAUAAAAAAUGUACAUCUUACGUUACAUCAGAGAACCCACACUGGAGAGGAACCUAAUAAAUGUAACCAAUGUGGAAAGGCUUUUAGAGAUAAGGCAGCUCUUACUAUACAUCAGAGAAUCCAUACUGGAGAAAAACCUUAUAAAUGUAACCAAUGUGGAAAGGCUUUUACAGAAAGUAGAGGUCUUAAUAGACAUGAGAGAAUCCAUACAGGAACGAAACCUUAUAAAUGUAACCAAUGUGGAAAGGCUUUUAAACAUAAGGUAUCUCUUACUGCACAUCAGAGAAUCCACACUGGAGAUGAACCUUAUAAAUGUAACCAAUGUGGAAAGGCAUUUGUAAGUAAGGUCUCUCUUAUUGCACAUCAGAGAAUCCACACUGGAGAUGAACCUUAUAAAUGUAACCAAUGUGAAAAGGCUUUUAUACGUAAGGCAUCUCUUAUUGUACAUCAGAGAAUCCAUACUGGAGAGAAGCCUUAUAAGUGUAACCAGUGUGGAAAGGCUUUUAGAGACAAGGUAGUUCUUACUAGACAUCAGAGAAUCCACACUGGAGAGAAGCCUUAUAAAUGUAACCAAUGUGGAAAGGCUUUUAGAGACAAGGUAGUUCUUACUAGACAUCAGAGAACCCAUACUAGAGAGAAACCUUAUGAAUGUCACCAGUGUGGAAAGGCUUUUACAGAAUGUAAAGCUCUUAAUAGACAUCAGAGAAUCCAUACACCAGAGAAACCUUAUAAAUGUAACCAAUGUGGCAAGAUUUUUAGUCGUAAAGGAAAUCUUAAUGUACAUCAGAGAAUCCACACUGGAGAGAAACCAUAUAAAUGUAACCAAUGUGGAAAGGCUUUUAGAGACAAGAGAGUUCUUAUUCGACAUCAGAGUAUCCACACUGGAGAGGAACCUUAUGAAUGUAACUAAUAUGGGAAGGGGUUUUUAUAAAAAAGAGGAUUGGUUCUUGCCAGAUCUAUGAAAGAAAGUAAAAGCAUUAAAAUAAGGAAAAUUACUUAGGUAGAGAAUAUUGGGACAAGAUGUGCUAGUGCUGAUUCCUUUCAUACAUAGCCUUCCUUAGCUAUAACACUACAUGGAACAUAAGGGAAAAAAAAUAAAAGAUGACUAGGGAUGGCAGACAGCUUCUUAGCCAUAUUGGAUCAUUCUUUUCCAUCCAUUCACAUACUUGCAAGAAAGCAUGGAAUAAUGAAAUGAUCCCUACAUUUGGACUCAGAAGACUUGGGUUGAUAUUCUAGCACCACUCUUCCUUAGAACUUCUUCAAGUAAACAAGCAUUUAUGAGCCUGAUACAUGCCAGGCCUUGGCAUGUGGGAACCAAAAAAGAGUUGCAAAGGGUGUCCCCUGCUCCUAUGGAGAUUACAGACUAGUAGGACUGACAACAAAUCACUAGGUGGAAAGCCACCUUGGACCAGAUAGUACCUCAUUAAAUCACUGUAUCAAUAUUGUCUUGCUUUAUCCUUGUGAGAACCUAUUUUACAGAGAAAGAAACUGAGAUAAACAAAGACCUCUUGGCUUGACUAUCAAGUUUUUAAGUUGAGAUUAAAACUCAGGUCUUCAUGUCUUAAGGCCUACAGUCUAUCUACUGCACCAUCAUCUGUAUUCCGAUUUUGUAACAGAAUAUUAUAAAAAAAAAAUUUUUCUCACAUUUGUGAGGUCAAAAAAUAGAAGAAAAAUUGGACAAACUCUCUCUUAGAGAUAAAAAUUCAUUCUUUUCAACUCUAAUUAAAAGCUAAUUAUUAUUAAAUAGAUUUAUUGAUUCAUGACAUGCAUUGGAUUAAAUGACAUGUAAACAAAAGGCAAUUGCAAAGCAUUAUUUGCUUUAUUUGUUGUUGGGUUAUUUUUUUCAUUUUUUAAAAAUUUUAAUAAAGCUUUUUUAUUUACAAAA